GCCGGAUGCCUACAUAAAGCGCUCUAGAACUGUGAUUCACUUGCUGCGAGCAUGCUGAGAUAUCUAAAACUCAGCUAUGCACCGCAGAGGAUCAGUUUCAUAGCUGCCAUAUAGUUGCAAAAAGUGCAACCUGCGAACUCUUAAUGCAAGACCGCUGGAGAGUUCAGCGAGUUCCUCGUGCAGAGCCGGAAAUGGCGAUGGAGAUGUGGUUCAUCUUCUCCAGCGUCUUGCUCCUUCAGUGUCCCUUUACUCAGGCGGCGGACCCUCUGAAGACGUGGCUGGGAUCCUUACAGCUUCGCUUCCCUGACUCCGACCAACAAUCCGAGGAUGAGGGCGAGGAAAGCUCUGCUUACUUCAAAUAUCACGACCUGGAAUGUCACAAUCUGAGAUUUGACAUGAUCCACUCCGGAAGAAUGCGCUCCGACGAAGAUCCAGUUCUGGGCUUGCUCAUCGAUGGGGUGGCCAUUGACUGCUCUGGAGCCUUUACUGCCACCUCCUACCUGACCUCGCUUUCGGUGGGCAGUGGCACCUUCACGGCCAAACUGACGGACAACAAUGGCCCCAGGUUCGAAAUCCUCUUUGAUCGGCUGCACCACUCCAUGCCCGACUUGUACCAGUUGAGGAGGCUACGAUGCGAGAUCGCCUUUGCAGCUGAAGUGGAACUGGGCAAGGAGAGCUAUGUCCUCUGGGCGGCAGAUCGGAUUUUGAAGAUCCUCCGGCCCUUUACCAGCAUGUUGUUCCAAAAAGCCAUCGAAAAGCAAGCCUGCAGUGCACUGGAUGAGAUCCUGCAGGUCAAGCUCGACCCGUAUGUGCAGGAGAUGAAUAAUCUUUUCUUCCCGAGUGGAAGGAAACUGGCAGCAGUUGGUGCGAGUUCAGAGCUUCUAGCGACGGACGAUCAGCCGACAACCACCACACCCCCGGCCAACUGGAGCAACAGCUCAGAUGAUAAGAGUGCCAGUUCCAAUGAGACUCCUGUCGACCCUCGUGCGGACCCGAAGCUUUAUGACUGGCAGACAUCCACUUUCCUUCAAUGGGGCAACUGGUUUGCUACCAAGGUCUUACCGCCCGAAGUGGCCCGAGAGCUCUUUGCGGCCGCAGAUGUGGAGUUCCUGAAAUAUGACCUCGCUGAUUUGCAUCUGCCGCCGUUUCAGUUUGAGAUCGAUCAGCACGAGACGGCCGGCCUGCGGUUGCAUAUCUCAGUGGUGAUGAGAGAGAUCUAUUUCAAAGGCAUCGAAGGGGUUCAGGCCUAUGCGGUGGAGGCCGAGAGCCCCUCGCAGCUGAGAGGGUCCUUGAACUUGGGCACCGAGGAGCAUCCCGCGAUGACCAUGGGUUUGAAGCUGCAGAUCACCGUGGAGGCCAAGUCCACGGCCGAGGGCGCCGCGCCCACGGCCUCCUUGGUGGAGGAGAUCAGUUUCAUGGUGGGCGCCAAGCAACCCUCGGUCUCUGUUCAGGUGCGGGUGCCCUGUGGCCUGGAGAAGAUGAUGAAAAGCAACACCAUUGCGCAGCUGCUGGUGGAUCCGGAGAAUUGUUUGCGCUCCUUCUUGUUGGAAGCACCGAGUCUGGAGUGGAUGAAUGUCACCUUCCAGGGCCUCUCCACCCCUUUGUCCUACAUCGCCAACACCGAGGGUCAGCUUGAGCAGGACAUCUCCGACUUCUUCAACGUGAUGGUCACCAUCUUCAACGAACUCUACGAGGCGCACCUCCCCGGCGCCAUUGCACGCCUCACGACCUCGGACAAGGGGUUGAAUCUCAUCAACUCCAUGUUGCAGAAGCAUCUCUCGCCCAGCGAGUGUAUCAGCGAGCAGGACGCCCAGCAACAGGUGAAAGAACGCUAUCCGGAGAAGUUCAACAACUGGCCUGAGCUUUUGGAUGGACAGAUUCAGGGAUACGUUCAUCAGAUCAUCCACGGCUUGCUGAAGGCCAACGAGACGGCUGUGCCACAAGGCUGGCUGGAGAUGCCACCGAUCAACGUGGGCGCCCUGCGAGACGUGCAUUUGAAGGAUGCCAAGGUCACCGGCACCAGUCAGAUUAGCCAACUGCAGCUUCUGGAGACCAAUGCCAAGGCUCCAGACACCAUUGCCUUCGAUAUGGAGGCCUCCUGCCCCACGGAGCAGAAGAACUUCCCCAGCAGCCUGGUGAUGACGGUCGCCGGAACAUUGGAUGAGACUGGAGAGGCCCUGGUGCAGGUGGACUUGCCUUGCGGCAAGUUGCACACCACGCUGAACCUCAGUGUGGACGUGUUGGAAGCUUCAACGCUCUUGUUUCCUCCAAGCGUCUUCUGCACGCUGCUCUCCCCCUUCGAGCAGAUCAUCAUCACCCGCUUAGACGCGGAAGACCAGGGCGCAGGGAAGCUCUUCGUCACGCUGGGCAGCUCCGACCGGCGCGAGCUGCUGGAGGAGAUGUGCAACUUGCAUCCUCGACUCUGUAGCUUUAUGAGCAGGGUGGGACGCAGCUAUGGGUCGGCAGAGAAUGCCACCUUGCUGCUGCAGUAUUUGCACCAGGAAGCUGUGGGUUUGUGCGACGCCAUGGUCGGCAGCGCGCGGCGGCUGCUCGAGAUGAAGGACGAGGCAGGCGUCGCCUACGAGGAGCUGAACGUGGGCCUGGUUGCCUUCACCCUUGGGGGUGUCGCAGUGAUCUGGGGAUUGCUCAUGAUUGUGCUCGCGCAGGUGAUUCGUCGGAGUCCAAGUCAUCCCUUGACGAAGAUCAACACGAACUUUGGCGUCCCCUUCGUCCUUGCAACCACUUUGCUAUUGGUCUUGGCCCUGUGCCUUCGCUGUUUGGCCUACUUCAAGUUGGCCUACUUUAGUAUGGACAUGAACAUCGUCUACAAGCCCAGUAGAAAAGUGAUCGACUCACUGACCUUGGCCGCCUUCACCUUCCAAGGCUUGGCACAUCAGCUGUCCAAAGUGAGUGGCUUCCUGGGCUUCGAAUGGAACUUCAGCGGCUUAGGCCUUUCCCUCACGCUGGUGGUACUCUUCAUGCUUACUUGGCUUGUGAACUUGCCCUUCAACAAGCAGCACAUUCUCCUCAGAGUUUGCAUUUGGUUUUCUCGGCGACAAUGGCAGGAGUUGGGAAUGCUGCUUUUGACGGCCUUCACUUCGACUGCAGACAUUGCAAUGCCCUUGGACAUUGAGCAACAGAUGAGGAUGACCAUUUGGUCUGGUCCAGUGAUUGCCUCUGCUUCCACCAUGUGCUUGACAGCAGCUGGCCUUUGCAUGCUGAUGACGGUGCCAACCGGAUCCUCUGAUGGGGAGAAAUCCUCUGUGGCGAUGGGCAUCGACCUGGCACUUGGUUCAGGGAUCAUCACGGGCUUGGCCAUCUUCCUGAUUUGCGACUUUGUGGAGGUAGGCUUCGUUGCUGUGGCUGGCUACGUGAUGUCGCCCCAAACCUUUGCGGGUUACCAGGUGGGGGAUUCGAGCGCUUUCACGAAGCUCGCCUUUUUGCUGAUCGUGGUGAUUGCACCAAUCGGGCAGGUGCUGAUGGUCUCCUUCCGUUGCUUCGGAUUAAAGAUGCCGUAUCAGAGGCUCUUGGAGGAGAUUUGCAUGGGUUUCAAUUGCAUAGACAUCUUUGCGAUUAUCUACUUCAUGGGCUUCUUGCCCAUCGUUGACGGCUUUACCGUCUCCCUGGUGGAAGGGAAGUUUAUGCAGCAGUGCGAAGUGCUUGCAACGCUGACGGGGGAGAAGUGCAUCGGCGUGGACGCCAAAGCUGUGACCUUCGGGACCUUGGGUUUGGUCCUUGCCGCCGUUUGCACUCUCGCCCUCUAUAUACGCUCCUCCUACGAGCUGCACCAGCUGGUCUCCAACCCCACCACCAGGAGAGAUGAGGAAACCCGAGCGGUGGAACUGCCGGGGGUUUAAGGUGUGGAGAACUGACCGUCUGCCGCAGACGCGGGAAUGGUUCUUUGCUUUCAUGCCACAAUCGACCGG